CUGUGAAUGUGUGUGUAUGUGUGUAUGAGUAUGUAUGUGUGUGUGUUUGAGUGUGUGUGUAUGUCUAGAGUCUGAACUGCGUGUGGAUCAGGAAGGAAAAGGGUCCCUGCAGGCUCACUGAGCCCCUGCUGUGCGCCCAGCGCCGAGCUGGCUCCAGUGGGGCUAUAUAGAAAGGAAGGCAGGGCUGGAGGGCCUCCCUGUCAAGUUGAGGACACAUUUCCAAGACUAGGAACCAUUUAGGGACUCUGAGGCUGAUGACAAGUCCCCUUCCCUGAGUCUGGAUCCCCAGGCCUGGCCCCCAAGGGACUUAGGGAAAGGGCUCAGGGAAGGGACUCAGGGAAGGGGAGUUCCCAAGGGCAGCCUCCUCGUAGGCACCGCCCAGGGUGAGAGGAGCCGGCUCAGCGGGCCCCUCCCCCAGGGUUGACCAUCUUAACCACAGGGAAAAGAGGGAGGAGUUACUGGCCCUUCCACUAGAAGGAAACCUGGACCCCACAGACCCAGGAGGAAAAGAACCAAAAGCAGCUGAACAAGGAAGCGGCGCGGCACCAAGAAAAGCAGAAGUCGGAGGCUUGGAGACCCUCCCUGAGGCGCCGCGGUCCAGGCGCUUUGCAAGUGCCACCUGUGCUGGGGAAGGGGCCAUGUGGCUGCCUUGGACUCUGCUGCUCCUCUGGGCCCCAGGCUGUUUUGCUCUGAGCGGCCCCCGCACCGUGGCGGGCCCCCUGGGGGGAUCCCUGAGCGUGCAGUGUGGGUAUGAGGAGGAACACAGGACUCUCAACAAAUACUGGUGCAGAGUACGGUGGACUAUUGGAUGUGCCAAGAUUGUGGAGACCAAAGGGUCAGCAGGAAAACUGAGGAACGGCCGAGUGUCCAUCAGGGACCAUCCUGCAAACCUCAGCUUCACAGUGACCCUGGAGAAUCUUACAGAGGACGACGCAGGCGCAUACUGGUGUGGGGUGGAUACACCAUUGCUCCACAACUUUCACGAUCGCUUCAUCCAGGUCGAGGUGUCCGUGUUCCCAGCAUCAACGUCAAUGACACCUACCAGUGUCACUGUAGCCAGGACCUCAACAAUCACAACUGCAUUUCCACCUGUGCCAUCUACUACCCUGUUGACAGUGAGUGCCACCCAUAGUACCAGCAUCCAGGAGGACAAUGAGGAGGUCAUGAACUUACAGCUCCCGCUGCUCCUUUCCCUGCUGGCGCUGUUGCUGCUUCUGUUGGUGGGGGCCUCCCUGCUAGUAUGGAGGAUGUUUCAGAAACGGGUCAAAGCUGGUGAGCAUUCAGAGCUGUCCCAGAGCCACAGGCAGGCUGCCGAGGAGAGUGAGCAGUACUACGCGAAUCUGGAGCUGCUGACAUGGCCUCUGCAGGAAAAGCCAACACCAUCACCCCAGGUGGAAGUGGAAUAUAGCACCGUGGCUGCCCCCAGGGAAGAACUUCACUAUGCCUCAGUGGUGUUUGACUCCCAGAGUCAGAAUUCUAAUGCCAACAGGAUAGCUGCUCAGAGGCCCAGGGAGGAGGAACCAGAUUCAAAUUACAGUGUGAUAAGGAAGACAUAGGCCUGCCUCGCUGUCUGCCCCAGGAAGCCCAGGGAUGGCUCCCUUGUCCCUGGCCCACGUCCUCCUCAGCCUGCCCUCAACGACAGUGACCAACAGACAGGCAGCUGGGUUCCCCAGGCCGUCCCACUGGUGCCAUCAGCUUGGCUGGCUUCCCUGAGGGCCGGCAGAGCUGGGGGUUCCAGGGAGCAGUAGGAAGCACUCCCAGCUGCCAGCGCCUGUUGCCUCUUUCCCCUUUGCCCCGGCUUCAUCCUGGCUCUGUGUCUGGAGGACGAAGCUCCUUCCCAUGUGGCUCCAGGAAAAGAUGUGGCUCACAUAGGCGGCAUCUGCCAAUAGCUUUGUCAAUUACAGCCCCAUAGGAACGUCUGGAAUUGCUUGGGAACUGGGGAGAACUGGCAAGAAGAGCCAAAGCAGCGAUCUCUUCACAUGGAGACUAUGGUGGGGUGACCCCAGGGGGAGCCCACGAAAGAUCAAGUCCCUCCCCAUCUCACAGACAAGGAAACCAAGGCCAGAGGGAGGAGAGGAUUGCUCAUGGUUCCAGAAUCAGUGGCAAGUUUCUCAGGACUCUUAGGUUUAUUUUUAACAUGAGAUAUAAAAACAGUUUCAAAUAUCUUCUUAAGGGAGAAGUAAAAAGUUAUUUAAACAAUG